AUGGUCAUGCCGGACAGACACAUCCUGUAUGAGCUGCGGCAUAUUAACUAUCUAAGAAAGGCUAUUUUAGCAUGUUAUGCACCCAUCAAGUUCCCUAAUUGCCCAGGUAGUGCUCCGGAACGGACUGUGGUGAUUCUGGAGUGUGUUUUGAUUGCCCCGGUGACCACGCUACAGGGGGAUUGCGAGCUGGCUCGGCUGCCUAGUGAGUGGAAUAGCGGCCGAUCUCCGCUCCUGACCAACACUGUUGAUCGAAGCCCCCGCCCUUUGGACCGGUGGGGGUGA